UUAGAGGCUGUAUUGCAAACAUGCGAUUUGAUGGCGAAUUGCUAAAGAAGAGAAGCUCUAACUGCGACCAGUGGAAUCCGGUUCAUCGGCGUCUAUCACUGACCUUCUAGGUUAGUAUAUGUCAAAAGACUGCUGGCAUACUCCGACCGAGCAUUAAUUCAUAGUACGAUCGGGUUAGUAAAGUUGAGUAUUUUAGAGUUCAAAAAAAAUAUUCCGAAAGAACGGAUUUGGGCGUAUUGCUUAACAAAAAAUUACAUUAAUACAAAGGGAAAAGAUUUACAGUCAAGUUUGUAAAAUGAAUUACUUACCAUCAUUAAAGAGGUGUUUUCAAGGAACACGUACUUUUGUGUUUAAUUUUUUUUUUACCGAUUGGUUGGCAAGUUGCCAUUGCAGAAGGAAGGUGAAAGAUGAAAGCACGAUGUAUCAACAUUCAAUAAAUCAUAAUUUGGAAAAAAUAAGAUUUGUUGAUGUAGAUAUUUUGUUUAAUUUAUUCUCCUCAUUAUCUCACAUAAUCUCACACACGUAAGGGUUGCAGAACCCUGGAAUUGUCAACUUAAACAUGCAGUGGUUUGCUGUGCGCUUGUUCAGCAGUGCAAUCGUUCUUUACACUCGGGGCGGUCGCUUUCUGCUGUUUCGCUUCCAAAACGUUGAUUCUAUAUUCUUGCAGAGUGGAAUAGUGUUUUUAUGCGGCUGUGGCUUCUAUCAUCUAACGUCUUUUUAAACGCUCACGCCCUUCAAAUACUGAAUAUGGAGCUGAAGCUGAGUCAAGCGCUCGUGUCCGGUAGAGCGGCCGAUGAGUCGGAAGAGUUGCAGUUUCUGUUUUUCGAGGACCAAGAGCUGAAACUAGACGAACAACGGGACAAAGAGGAAAACAAGCAGCCACAGCAAAAUGUGAAAUUGUGCUAUGAACCUGGUAGUCAGUACUGUACCUUUUGCAUGACCACGUUAAUGCGUGAGGGUCACGUGGCGGGGGAGUCGUGCAACUUCCGGUUUUGCGGCAAAUACGACAGGCAGAUCUGUGAGCCAAUCAUCAAAGUAAAAUCAGAAGAAUAUGAAAAUAAGGAGCCAGAAAAGGAUAAAGCGAAAUGAGGGAAAGAGACGCGACGCAGCACACGCAUACGUGCCAUGUAGUCGAAUGUUGUGCAAUGGUCAACAUACACCCACCGACUGUCGAGCGUUCGAUAUAAUUGUACGUAUCCCAAGAAAACCACAGGGCAACUAGUGUUUUCGAUUGGUUUUCCAGCAACGGAAAGGCUAGGACAAGGGUAGCCUAGGUUGUUUUUUGUAUGGCCGUUGCCAUGUAGGUGAUUCUCGUUUAUCUCUUCGACUUCUUCAACUCGUUUUUUUUUCGCAGGUUCGCAGGGACUUUUUGCGCAGGUGCGAUAGGGCGUAGUGCUAUUAUUUGUAUUUAAUGUUUUCCUCAAUCGACCAACCGUAUGUGUGAUGAUUGCAGGGGUAGAACCCUCCGUUUAUGAGAAAGCUCUCUUUGUUUGGUGUGACUCCGCCCGACGUUGUCUACAAUCAACUCCUUGUUGGGUAAAACAUAAUCGCUAAAGAAGCAUCACUAGAAAGAUUUCAGUUAAGGGAGGAUACAUUGUUCUGUCAUUCACUCUUUAGGUUACAAUGGACUUAUGAGGAGAAUACUUACUUACUUAUUUAUCCGGCGCUAUAACCGUUUUGCGAUCUUCAGGACCUGCUUCAGGAGUGUCCGAAACCGCUAAACCAUUGGUCUAUUGUGGGCCAAAAAGGUAAAAUAGAUGACAUGACCAACCGUGAAAAACUGUUUGUAGCGCUGGAGAAAGUCUGGAUAAAUUUAAACCCUCAACACAUUCAAACCUCGUUGAAAGUAUGUCACCUCGCUGUCAAACUGUUAUUGAAGCGUGAGAUGGUCAUAAAAACUAUUGGUUAUAGUAAUUAUAAUUUAGAGCUAUCGAUUCUCAAAGUGCGCACUUUACUUUGUCUAUCUGAAAAAUGAAUUACGCUGCUAUUAGAUCAAACUUCUAGAAAUAUAUGUAACAUCACCAAGGUAUUAAUUUUGAACUUACAAAAUGCUAUAAUUUAUCAAAAGAAAGCUUACUAAAAUGUCCAAUGCAAGAAUAGUUAUAGCGAUGUUUAUAUAUGAAUAACAAGUGCUUAUUUAUUUUUGUCU